CCCGAAGGAAAGGAGCUUCUGGAGUCUUCUUUUCGACCGCCCUCCCCACCGACCCGCCCUUAUAUCAUCCACCCCCUUGACCUAAAGCCAUCGGAAUCCCUUCGCUCGCGACGCCUAGAGGGUUCUCCGCUUUCCCUUCUUGAUCGAGAUCGGUUGAGUGUUUCGUUCUUUGGAUCGAGAUUUAGGUGAGGAUUUUUGGGCGAUAGAAGAUGUUCGGGAGGGCGCCGAAGAAGAGCGAUAACACAAGGUACUAUGAGAUCCUUGGGGUUUCGAAGAGCGCGUCGCAGGAUGACCUGAAGAAGGCCUAUCGGAAAGCCGCCAUCAAGAACCACCCGGACAAGGGAGGCGACCCCGAGAAGUUCAAGGAAUUGGCCCAGGCUUAUGAGGUUCUGAGUGAUCCUGAGAAGCGUGAGAUCUAUGAUCAGUAUGGUGAGGAUGCCCUCAAGGAAGGAAUGGGCGGUGGAGGUGGCCACGACCCAUUUGAUAUCUUCCAAUCUUUCUUCGGUGGAAACCCCUUUGGAGGUGGAAGCAGCCGGGGCCGAAGGCAGAGGAGGGGAGAAGAUGUGAUCCAUCCCCUCAAGGUUUCUCUGGAAGAUCUGUACAAUGGGACAGCAAAGAAGCUUUCUCUUUCACGAAAUGUCAUCUGCCAGAAGUGCAAGGGUAAGGGUUCCAAAUCCGGAGCUUCCAUGAAAUGCUCUGGUUGUCAGGGUUCAGGUAUGAAGGUCUCGAUCCGUCAGCUGGGACCUUCGAUGAUUCAACAGAUGCAGCACCCAUGCAAUGAGUGCAAGGGAACUGGAGAGACCAUCAAUGAGAAGGAUAGGUGCCCGCAGUGCAAAGGUGAGAAGGUUGUGCAGGAGAAGAAAGUUCUCGAGGUCGUGGUCGAGAAGGGCAUGCAGAAUGGCCAGAAGAUAACCUUCCCUGGAGAGGCAGAUGAAGCGCCUGAUACGGUUACGGGAGACAUUGUGUUUGUGCUCCAACAGAAGGAUCAUCCCAAGUUCAAAAGAAAGGGCGAUGAUCUCUUCUAUGAGAGCACGCUGUCCCUCACUGAAGCCCUGUGUGGCUUCCAGUUUGUCUUGACUCAUUUGGAUAACAGGCAGCUGCUUAUCAAGUCUAACCCUGGGGAAAUUGUCAAGCCUGAUCAAUUCAAGGCCAUAAAUGAUGAGGGGAUGCCGAUUUACCAGAGGCCCUUCAUGAGGGGAAAGCUCUACAUCCACUUCACUGUGGAUUUCCCAGAUUCGUUGGCGCCUGAGCAGUGCAAAGCCCUUGAAGCCGUGCUUCCUCCAAGGCCUGUUUCCCAGAUGACGGACAUGGAGCUGGAUGAGUGCGAGGAGACUACUCUUCAUGAUGUUAACAUAGAGGAGGAGAUGAGGAGGAAGCAGGCCCAAGCUCAGGAGGCAUACGAGGAGGAUGAGGAGGCUCAUGGUGGUGCUCAGAGGGUGCAGUGCGCUCAACAGUGAGAGAGCAAUAGCCUUUCUGGUUCAAUGCCCACGUCUACAGACUAAUUUUGCUGGCUAUUAUUGGAGUCGUUGCUCCCUAUUUGCUGAUGUGGUAUUCAUCUUGCUGUGGUAACUAUACAGUAAACUGGUGAAUUCUGGUUAUCUGUUGAAUGCUUUAAUCUUUACCCUUUCCUUCUAAAUGUUUUAUUUUUAUAUAUGGUGUCUGUCUUUAAAAUUGUUUCGGUUUUGAUUGUUGUGAAAGAUGCCAUAAAUCCUUCAUCAAA